AUGCGAACUUCGGCUGUCCCCAUUGCCAUCAUCGGCGCAGCCGCGGCGGCAAAUGCCUCAACCGCCGUCGGAUGCUCCGGCGGCCUACAGAUUCUUCUUGCCCGCGGCACCGGAGAGCGACUCAACAACAGCAUAGCCAACAGAGUCGCUGAGGGUAUCAUGAGCCGCAUCCCGGAUUCCAAUUUCACCUCUUUGGACUACCCGGCUACCUUUACGAACCCGCCUUACAAAUCAUCUGUCGCUGAGGGUGUCAAUAUUCUAAAGAGUGCACUCGAUAGCUAUCAUUCCACCUGCCCAGAUGGCAAGAUUGCUGGUGCUCAAGUGUCCACUUACGCAUUUUGCGGGGGAAAUGGGACAGAUAUUGCCAGCACGGAGGUGACCAAAAAUGUUAUUGCGAUCCUCGAAUUCGGCGAUCCCACCCAUGUCUCCAGUGCGACCUACAACAGGGGAAACAGCACAAAGAACGGCAUAUUUGCCCUGGACAGCGACUCGGUGAAGAGAUGCGAAAGCCUCGGUGACAGUCUGAGAUCUUACUGCGACACAGGCGAUAGCUAUUGCGACCUUGGCAAUGUUACGGGCGUCCACACCAGCUACUUCCAACGAUACACCAAUGAAACCGUUGACUUUGUUGUCAGCCGCUACCAAAACACAGGCGACCAAAGUUCCACCACGACAUCACCAACGGGCUCGGUUACGACUGGGGUAGGUGGCUCAGCCUCGGCAACAGGAGAUGUUGGCGGUAGUGCGCCUUGGCUGGGGCCGGGGAACAAUGGCAUGCUUUACACAGCCCCUCUAGCUGUAUGGGCCUUCUUUCAGCUGCUCUAA